AUGUCGUUCGUGUCUAUCCGCCCACCGCCCACCGACCUCGCUGAGAUCGCCGCAGAGGAGGCGCGCUGCACGUUCACGCGCUUCACCGCCGAGACCGCCUGGACGCUCGGGUCCAUGCUCCGCGCACGGCUGCGACAAGCCUCGCCCAGGCCCGCCGUGGUCAACAUCACGCUCGCGAACAGCGACCAGCUCCUCUUCCACGCCGCGUCAGGAUCAGGCACGGGCCCCGACAACGACCAGUGGGUCGCGCGCAAGCGCCGCGCGGUCCUCCGCUGGAGCUCGAGCACCUGGGCGCUGCACAACAAGUACCGCGGAGACGAGCUUGCUUUUGCGGCCAAGUUCCAGCUGGGUCCGCGCGGCGGGGACUAUGCGAUACAUGGAGGCGGCUUUCCUGUGAGGGUGAAGGGCGUGGACGGGGUGGUGGGCGUGAUUGUAGUGAGCGGGCUGACGAUGCAGGAGGAUCAUGAGGUGAUUGUGGAGGUGAUUGAGGACUACCUGCGGAAGGUUGCGAGUGGGGAGAUUAACGACUGA